GAGAGGAGGCACCGGAGAGUGAGGAGCCGCUCGGCAAGAGAUAUUUUCCCGCGAGUGCACACGUUUGUCUGAAUAAGUGCUUUUAUUUUCCUUCGUUUUCACCGAGAGGCAGGAGGACGUUUACCAUGGCAGCAGUGGCCGUACUGCGGAAUGAGACUCUCCAGGCUUUUCUCCAGGAUCGCACUCCAAACUCCUCUCCAGAGAACUGUAAGCACUCUCCGCUGGCUCUCCUGGCUGCCACUUGUAACCGGAUCGGUCAUCACCACGGAUCGAACCCCACAGAUUUCCUCCAGGUCCCUUACGACCCAACUCUGGGCUCCCCUUCGCGUUUGUUUCACCCGUGGACUAACGAGGGAACCCCACCGAACAGCCUGGCCGGCAACUCCACUUUCGGACUAUCCUCCAAGCCCCAGCUGUCGGCGCACAUCCAGGGCUCCUUCAGCACGCACCACGAACUGCCCCUCACCCCUCCGGCGGACCCCUCGUACCCCUAUGACUUCUCCCCUGUGAAGAUGUUACCUUGCUCCAUGCAGUCUCUGCAGUCCACCUGCCCUCCCACCUACGUCCCGGCUGUCAGUUACGCAGCCCCAACUCCCAUUCCGCCCGCUAUGCCAAGUUUUGUCACGGGACCCACCGGCCUUGUGCACCAGCAACAGAGACAGCUGUCCCCAAACCCCGGAGAGGAUAUUCCUUGGUGGAGCCUCCAGCAGGGGAACCAUGUGAGCCACUCUUCCUCCCUCGGCCCCCAUCGCUUCCAGCUGCAGAGGGGCUUGGUCCUGGGACAUACGGACUUUGCGCAGUACCAGACGCAAAUCGCCGCGCUCCUGCACACCAAGUCCCCCCUCGCGACCGCGCGGCGGUGCCGGAGGUGCAGGUGUCCGAACUGCCAGUCCUCCACGUCCAGCGACGAGCCCGGGAAGAAGAAGCAGCACAUUUGUCACAUACCGGGUUGCGGGAAAGUUUACGGGAAAACUUCUCACCUCAAAGCGCACCUGCGCUGGCACUCGGGGGAGCGGCCGUUUGUGUGCAACUGGCUGUUCUGUGGCAAGAGUUUCACCAGGUCGGAUGAGCUGCAGAGACACCUGAGGACUCACACGGGGGAGAAGCGCUUUGUUUGCCCGGACUGCUGCAAGAGGUUCAUGAGGAGCGACCACUUGGCAAAACAUGUCAAAACUCACCAGAACAAAAAAAGCAAGUGCCACGACAAGACACUUGACCAUGUCAAAAGGGAGGACACGAGGAAUAUGUUGUAACACUCUUUAUUUUAAACAGUAAAAAAAAAUCACUAGAGUGCAAUACAGUCAAUCCUGCAUUAGUUAAAGUGAACAGUGAGCUGCAUUUCUACAUAGGCUAUUUUGUUUAUUUUGGUUGAUUUCUUAAUCCUGACAAUAGUUUCUAACAUUGCUGGUCUGUAUAGCACAUUUUUGUAUGUAUAUAUAAAGUUUCAUAAGUUAAUUUGGGACCACGGAGAAGUUAGAGCUCAUGAGU